UUGUGUCUUUUUUAUUCCAGCAAGUCGUCGACAUGAUGUUACGUAUGAGGCGAGAACAGGGGGGUCGUGAACCCCAACUCACCCCCCAGAUCGAUAAUCUACUCAUCAUUGACCGCAAUGUCGAUCUGCUUACACCGAUGCUCUCACAGCUUACCUACGAGGGACUCAUUGACGAGAUUUUCGGCAUUAAUUGCACAAAUGUAAAACUUCCUGCUGAGAAGUUCAUGACCAAAGAACAACUGAAAGACCACACCAGUGACGUACCUCUGGAACCAAAGAAAAUAGUCCUCGACUCUUCGGACGAACACUUUGCCGAUCUUCGAGACAAGAAUAUUGACGCCAUCAACUCGCUCGUCUGCAAGAAAUUAAAACUUCUCUCUGCUCAAUUCGAUGAGCGCCAUGCUGCCAACACUUUGGACAAACUGAAACAAUUUGUGUCCAAGCUGCCACAUUUGACUGCUGUACGACAGGCUGUUGCCAACCAUCUUUCUAUUGUGGAACUGAUUAAGUCUGCAAUUAGCACUGAUGACUUCAUCGACUGCCACAGAACGGAAAAUGAUUUUAUCAAUGGCAUGGAUACAGACAAACCAAACCCCUUCAUUGAGGACUGCAUUGCCAGGGAAGUACCAUUACUCAAGGUACUCCGGCUCAUAUGUAUCCAGGUGUACUGCAACAAUGGACUGAAACAGAAGGUGUUGGACUUCUACAAACGAGAGAUUAUCCAGACAUAUGGUUUCCAGCAUCUGGUGACUUUGACGAAUCUGGAGAAGAUCGGUCUCCUCCGUACUCAGGGACAGAAGACGUACCUUACAAUCAGGAAAUCCCUGCGAUUGAUUGUUGAUGACGUUAACGAACAGAACCCCACCGAUAUAGCCCAUGUCUACAGCGGCUAUGCUCCUCUCAGCAUACGAUUGGCCCAGCAUUUAGCCCAGCCUGGUUGGCGGAGUAUCACAGAGGUCCUUAAGUUACUCCCUGGAAGUACAGUGGAGGAAGUUCAACAGAUCCCUGUGGCCCUACGUAAGAGACGGAGUUCCGUAACUUCAAACCAUUCCCAGAAGGUUACGUUGGUCUACUUCCUCGGAGGCAUCACCUACGCCGAGAUCGCGGCCCUUCGUUUCCUGGCUCAACAAGAUGACGGCAAUGUUGGUGGUACAGACUACAUAAUUGCCACGACCAAACUGAUUAACGGAAACAGCCUGCUGGAGUCUGUGAUGGAGAAAUUGGAACCAGCGAAAGUAAACCCAUUUUGAGUAUGACUAAAACAACCAUCAGCACUAACAGCAUGUAUAUAUAUGUGUGUAUAUAUAUAUAUAUAUAUAUACACACAUAUAUAUACAUGUAUAUGCUAUGCCCAGCAUGGAAGAUGGCUGUUAAACAAUGAGAAAGAUACAUACACACACAAGUGUGUGUUUAUAUAUACAUAUAUGCACUUGUACAUGUAUGUAUGAUUAUAUACACACACACUUAUGUGUGUGUGUGUGUGUGUGUGUGUAUAAUCAU